AUGGAAUCGAAGGAAUGUGACUCAUGUGAGUCGCUUAUGGAUCGAAUCAAGGAAAAGAUGAUUCAUAUCGAGCAAUUGAGAAAAGAAUUGCAUGUGAAGGAUGAAGAUAUCAUGAACUUCAAAAUCAAGUGUGACAACUUGUCGCUGGAAAAAUCUUGGCUGGAAAAAGAAAAGUCAGUUUUCCGAACCCGUGCCAAGAUGCUGGAAGAGGAGAAUGCUAUUUUGAAGGCACGUCUUCACGAGAAACAUGCCGAGUUCUUGGAGAGCCAGCGGCUGUUAGACGUCGUCCAUGCGGAUCGUGACGAGUGUAUCGAGGAGAAAAUGAAGGCGUCGAAAUUCUACCGAAGUGAGAUGAAGAAGUUAGGAGAGGAGAAUGAGGCGUUGAGCAAGGAGAACAAAAGACUCCGAGGAGUUGAAGAAGACGUCACGGAGCCAACAGAAGAGCUCUCCUUCAAAAAAUUGCUCACUAUGAUCUCGGAAAACCGCCAACAAACGGGAAUUCUCCAUGGCGAUUUGAAUGCGACUCGCCAGCAAAUGGAGUCGAUUCUCCAGAAAAUCUCGGAUCUGGAGAGCCAAAUGGAGCAAAAUCAAGUGGAAUUGGUCAUGGACGCUGAGGAUACUGUAUCCGAGAGUAUGAGUGUGCUCACUAUUGGUGCUGAGGAGGAGGAUAUGACUUUGGAUGACUUAUUGGGAGGUCCUUUGAGAGAGUUACCAGGAGAGAGAAUGAUAGAGUUCAAUGGAGAAUGGAGAUAUGAUAUCACGGCGGUUUGGGGAGGAGCACCAGCGGAACAACUACUGGAGCAGGAGGCUUCAUUCGAGAUGGUCGAUGAGCAGGAGCAAUGA